CAGUUCCCACGCACGCACGCACGCACCCAGCAGCCCACUUUCCCCCCUUUUCUCUCUCUCUCUGCUCCCUCUCCUGCUUCUUCUCCUCCUCCUCCUUCGUUUUCUUCUUCCUCCUCCUUCCGAGGCUCCCUCUGUAUCCUUCCACUUUUCCGUGCCUAUCUGGAAAAGCGAGCCGGCUUGGUUGAGAUUUCUGAACGUGCUGCAUCGCGCCCCCGCCUCCCCACCCCGGGUGGCGUGGAAACAGCCCUGAUUGCAUACUCUGCAUAUCGCAAACUGUAAGCGCGAGCUGGCUCGCCCGUUUUCGCCCUCUCUCUCUCUCUCUCUCUCUCUCUCUCUCUCUUUUCUCCCUCUCCCCGCUCCCUUGUAUGUGUCUCUCUUGUAGGACUGGCUAUGGCCACCACUACUUCCGGGUUCCGUCAUUUCAUUCUCCCGCCGAUCAGCGCCGCAAAACUGAGCCUCUUCUAUAAGCCAGCCAGCAGCCAACCUGCCAACACUUACUGACACUCACUCAUCUCAGAGGGAGAGGUGAAGAGGGAGACAAAAUACCUACCGGGAGGGGGAAAGAAAAAAAAAAACCCAACGCGCGCGCACACACACACUCACCCAACCACGCACAUACACACGCACACAAAAAGAACGGAGGAAGUCCACGUUUUUGCAAACUAUUCCAUUUUUCUUCGCAUCCUACCCCACCCUCCCCCUCCCGGUAGUUUUUUUUUUUUAAAGAACCUAUAGCUUUCCUACAAGCAAAAUCCCAAACGCGGACUUACUGAGAGAAGAAUCCGAGGUUAAAAGAUUCCUCUUUUCUUCUUCUUCUUCUUCAUCAUCAUCAGCCAUCAUUCAUUCACUACCUUGACAUUCCAUGGCUUUGAUUGACAGCUGGAGUGGCAAAAAGCCAUGAGACACGACAGUUUGGUUACAUGUGGGUUGCUGAUGGGCCGAUCGUAACCUUCAGUGUGGGGCUUGACGACUUUUAUGUUUAUUUUUUUUUUAAAAAAUACCAUCAUAUUUUUUUUUACGUAAAAGAAGAAAAAAAGGAAAGACACAGAGAAGGGAAAUAAAGAAGAGCACGCUGGGGAAACAGACAAACUCUACGUGGUUUAUUUUUCCCUACUUUUUAUUGUUAUAACGAUUGUCUUUAUGAAUAUUUACGCGUAUUGGAGAACUCUAUAAGUGGGUCGGAGAAACAAGGGAAAAGGGAUUUUUUUUCUUCCUUUCCUUCUUCUUCAGUCACUUUGUUGGUGGUGUUACUGGACUGGGAUAUUAAAUAUAGGACACAUCCCGGAGUUUAUUGGAGCGCAGACUGAUGGCGCAAAGGCUUUUCCCCCAACAGCGCGAUUUCCCUGCUCCUCUCUAACUGCUCAGUGGCGCGCGGUUUACAGGGGGGAAGGUUUGCCUGCUGCUGCUGCUGCCGCCGCCGCCGCCGCUUCUGCUGCUGUGGCUGUUGCUGCCGCUGCCUGGGAAAUACAGCUACAGUUUGCUGCUUGGUUUAUCUCUGAUUUUGACAAAGACAAGGGGGAAUUGCGACUAAAUAAUGUUUCUGUACGAUGAGCUGCCUCAUUACGGCGGGAUGGACGGAGUAGGGGUACCUGCUUCCAUGUAUGGAGACCCUCACGCCCCCAGGCCGAUCCCCCCAGUACACCAUUUGAACCACGGGCCGCCACUGCAUGCCAGCCAGCAUUAUGGAGCCCAUGCCCCGCACCCCAAUGUCAUGCCGGCCAGCAUGGGAUCGGCUGUCAAUGACGCCUUGAAGCGGGACAAGGAUGCAAUCUAUGGGCACCCGUUGUUCCCUCUGUUAGCUCUGGUCUUUGAAAAGUGCGAGCUCGCCACCUGCACUCCCCGAGAGCCCGGAGUGGCCGGCGGAGACGUCUGCUCCUCCGACUCCUUCAACGAGGACAUCGCCGUCUUCGCCAAACAGGUUCGGGCAGAAAAACCACUUUUUUCUUCAAAUCCAGAAUUGGAUAAUUUGAUGAUACAAGCUAUACAAGUCUUAAGGUUUCACCUUUUGGAAUUAGAAAAGGUUCAUGAAUUGUGUGAUAAUUUCUGUCACCGGUACAUUAGCUGUCUGAAAGGCAAAAUGCCCAUAGACCUAGUUAUUGAUGAAAGAGAUGGCAGCUCCAAAUCUGACCAUGAAGAACUCUCAGGAUCAUCCACAAAUUUAGCUGACCAUAAUCCUUCCUCUUGGAGAGAUCAUGAUGAUGCAACGUCAACGCACUCAGCAGGCACACCAGGGCCUUCCAGUGGGGGCCAUGCUUCCCAGAGUGGAGACAACAGCAGUGAGCAAGACUGCCAGCCAAAUGAACACUUUAAGAGGAGGUGUUUAAAUAUGUCUGCAGCACCCAGAGAGUUAAUCCACCCCAUUGUGCAUAGGUGUUGGAGCUCUUAUGGGGAUGGUUUAGACAACAGUGUAGCUUCUCCCGGCACAGGUGAUGAUGAUGAUCCAGACAAGGAUAAAAAACGUCAAAAGAAAAGAGGAAUCUUCCCCAAAGUAGCAACAAAUAUAAUGAGAGCGUGGCUUUUCCAACAUCUCACACAUCCGUAUCCUUCAGAGGAGCAGAAGAAACAGUUAGCCCAAGACACGGGACUUACAAUUCUACAAGUAAACAAUUGGUUUAUUAAUGCCAGAAGAAGAAUAGUACAGCCUAUGAUUGACCAGUCAAAUCGAGCAGGUUUUCUUCUUGAUCCUUCAGUGAGCCAAGGAGCAGCAUAUAGUCCAGAAGGUCAACCCAUGGGAAGCUUUGUAUUGGAUGGUCAGCAACAUAUGGGAAUCCGGCCUGCAGGACCUAUGAGUGGAAUGGGUAUGAAUAUGGGCAUGGAUGGGCAAUGGCACUACAUGUAAUCUUCACCUUGUAAACCAAUCACAAAGCAAGGGGAAAGUUUGCAAGGCAUACCAGGGGACUACAUAUCUCAGGGUGGUCCUAUGGGUAUGAGUAUGACACAAUCAAGUUACACUCCUUCCCAGAUGACCCCUCACCCUACUCAAUUAGAACAUGGACCCCAAUCCAUUCAUAUUUGCCAAGUCACCCCAUCACCCAGCCAUGAUGAUGCAUGGAGGACCCUUUACCCAUCCUGGAAUGACCAUUUCAGCACAGAGCCCCACCAUGUUAAAUUCUAUAGAACCCAAUGUCGGUGGACAGCUUAUGGACAUU